UAAGACAACAACAUAAAAGAUAAAUAUUAGCAGCAUUUAUUUAUUUAUUUAUUUAUUUUAUUUAACAUAAAUAAAUAAGACCAGAACAUAAAAGCCUCCAAUGCCACUUAAGACAAAUUAUUUAGAAUGAAUCCUUUAACUAAUAUGAAAAAUGUACUAAAACUCAGUGAACAUGACUUAAAGGGUACAAAUGGAAAGGGAUCGUGGCACGAUAUGUAUAAAGAUUCGGCAUGGAUCUUUGUUGGCGGUUUUCCAUAUACCUUGACUGAAGGUGAUAUAGUUUGUGUAUUUUCUCAGUACGGAGAAAUUGUGAAUAUAAAUUUAAUACGCGACAAAGAUUCUGGGAAAUCGAAGGGAUUCUGCUUUAUUUGCUACGAAGAUCAACGUUCGACAAUUUUAGCAGUGGACAAUCUAAAUGGUAUAAAGAUUUUAGAACGUACCCUUCGAGUUGAUCAUGUUGCUGAUUACAAACCGCCCAAAGAAAACAAGAAAAUGGAUGCAGAGACUUUACAACUAUAUAUGGAAGGUUGUGCUCCUAAACCGCACUUAAUAGAUAUGAAAACCCCAAAUGAUAAAAAAACAAGUUCAAAAUCUGCACGCCAAAAAUAAUAUGUAUUAGCCAAAUACUAAAUAGCUAUCAACAUUAGUUUUAGGUUAAAUGAAUAAUAAAGCGAUUUUUAAUUUUAUCAUUUUUUAUCACUUAA